AUGUCCGCAGUCCCCUCCACUCCCCAGCGAUCGUCUUCGCUCGCUCAAUUCCUCCUCCGGUCGGAAUCGCUACCGAGCGGCACGCCAGUUAGGUCUAACAGCAGCCAGUUUGCCUACGACAAGGGCCAACCGCUUCCCUUACACGACCGUCGAUCCCUUCUGGCCGAAGCCAUGCACGGAUACACGAUUGGAAGGAAGAAAUAUAAGGAAUUUCUUGAGGAAUUUGUACCCAAGGCGCCUACUCCUACGCCGGACGUUCGAUACCGAUUGGGGCCCUUGGUAAAUGAGGCAUCGCUCUAUAAUCCCUUGCUUAAGGGGGUCAACAGAGUCCUCAAGCGAGCUACUCGGACAGUGCCGUACCCUCCUGCAUCCUCGGCCAUCGCCGUGGUCCCCGUCGUCGUCGCCAGCAGCGCGUGCACCGUCGUCGUCGUCGUCGUCGUCGUCGUCGUCGUCCCGCCCUCCGACGCGCGCGCGCACGUGCAGCCCGCCUCCCGAAACUUCCCACGCUCCUCCCGCCGCGUCGCCCCGCCCUCCCGCCGCGUCGCCCCGCCCUCCCGCCGCAUUGCCCCGCCGCGUCGCCCCGCCCUUCCCGCCGCGUCGUGUAGCAUCGCCCAGCCAUCUCGCCACGCACACGGCUUGCCCCACUACCUAGCGCGUCGGGCUCGCACCAUCCAUCGCGCUCGCACGUGCACCUGCGAUCCCUCGCCUCCCGUUCCCGCCUCUUCCCACGCUCCUCCCACCGCGUCGGCCCACCAGCCACCCCGUGCAUGCUCGCAAUGGGUAUCCCGCACCCGGUUCCUCGCUGUUGCCCUCCUCGUAGUCGAACAUACAGCUGCGCGCUUGCAGCUCGCCACGCUCUCGGCAAGCGGUGUGCGCUCGCUCAUCACCGUGCACGCACGGCCGGCUCAUCUGCACGAGCACCAGCUGUCGGGCUGCGUGUACUCGGCAGCUACCGCAUACGUCAACACGCCCACCAGACAACGCCCCUGCCCUGCGCUACUCGUGCACCUAGGCGCAGCGUCACACGAGCAAGUGCCGGGAGGUCGGGCCGCGCUCGCGCCGGUCCUCGCGCAUUGCCUGGGAUGUCGUUCGGGAUGAUACGUCGAGCAGCGCGCGAAGCCGUUGUAGCAACGUGCUGUACGUGCUUUGACGUGCGCGUAGCUCAUCCCGACAAGGCAGGAGGCUUGCAUGUAUGCAUACGGCGGCACAGACGUGCCGUGUAUCAUGGCAUGCACGCGACAGAGGGUCUUUGGGUACGUUGACGCGUCCAUGGCGGGAGCCGGCGGGGACGAGGAUGUGGGUGUGUAGAUGAGGGUGAUGGGAAGAGUGCAGGAUGGACACUGCAAAGGGCCGGUC